AUGGUUGUCGAAAGAUCGCUCGAAGACAUAGAUGACGCCCUAGAGGGCACGAGGAAGGUCGCCACGAUCCCAGGGGAGCCCGGCGGCUCGGGCGACAAAGAAAAAGAAAACAAAGGAAACGAACGAAUGCCGCGUUCAACGCCGGUGGAGAAAAUGUCGGUAAAAGAGCUCACAAGUAAAUUAGAACGGUUAAAGUUACCGACGGAAGGGAAAAAGGCGCAACUGGUAUCUCGAUUGAGGCGGUACGAAGAAAAUGCCAAAGACGACGGCGACAGCGAAGGCAGCAGCACGAGCGAAGACGAAAACACGGGCGAUGACGACGCAGAAAGUUCAGAGGCGGGAUUGGUCAGCGAGCAGACAGCUGAUACCGAUGACGAUGACAGGAACGAUCGUGGGGCUGAAGCGAGAACAAGACGACGACGAGACGAGCCCCCAUAUGUAGGGACCGGGAGAGAAGGGAGUAAUGAUCGUGAAGAUCAAAUUAAUCGAGAUAAGCAAAUGAUUUUAUUGAAUUGA